AUGUCUGCAAGUCAAGAAGAUUUAAUUGAGGACAAUGAAAAAGUACUCGACGAUGGAUCUGAAGUAUCAGCGGAGGAAGGAAUCGGGAACCAAGCACAUGUGAACGAGGUACCUGAGACUCCCGAGAGUCAACUAGAUGAGAGCCAAGUGACUAUGACGCAAGAGUCCAGGAACCCAGCGUCUGCAGCGACAAAAUUCAAGCAUCCUGUACCAAUAAAAAAGGCAAAAAAAAUAAACAACAUAUUGUUUUCUGCUGAUAGAGGAGAGUUUGACUGGGAAAGAGGUUAUCUAACCGACUCCAACUCCAGUCAAGCGUCUACACCAGCUUCAACGCCAAAUCAGAACGUUGCGAAUUCUGAAAAGUCGCAACAUUCUGAUGAUUUUAGUGACCUUGUAAGAUUUAAUAAUCUGUAA